AUGAUAGGAGCUGCAUUUCCCAAGUAUCUUCACGAGUAUCUGAAAGAAGGCCAAUGCGUAGUCCUCAACGAGUUUGGAUUCGUUCAAGGUGAGGUUGUCAUUUAUCGGAGUCCUUCGUAUUCGCCUGGCGACAUCCGAGUACUCAAUGCGGUCUCACUUCCCCCUGAAAAUCCUGUGUCACAAUUGAGAAACGUCAUCUUGUUCAGCACAAAAGGACAAAGACCGGAACCCGACAAAAUGAGUGGGGGUGAUUUGGACGGAGACCUCUAUCUUGUCAUUUGGGACAGACGCAUUCUAGAACAUUCUAGAAAUUUGAAGAAAAAUGAAGCUCAGAGCUACAGUGUGCCGACUGAAAAAAGACCCGAGACAUUUCAAGUGACGCAAGAUUGGAUCAGCUACGUAGCCUUGUGGGAAAAUGUGCUGCUUGCUCAAAUCGAUUCAUGUUUCUUUGCUAUAGCUUCGGAAAAAGGCAUCCGCUCAAAUGAGUGCAGAAAACUUAGUGGUCUGUUUUCACGAGCAGUUGAUCAGAUACCUUCAGACUUCGAAGCACUCCAGAAACUCCUCGCUCAGCGCUUGACCAGAAGAGACACAAUACCUGUUCUUGAAAAUGAAAACAGCAAGCCUAUUUGGGAUAAAAUGAUGUCUAUACAGUCGAAAGUUGCUCAUGAGAUCACAGAGAGCAGAUUCACAGUAGAACCAAAGGACUGGUCCAUAUUUUACAGCAACCUAGUCAAAACAAAGCCAAGCGAUUUUGAAUCACAUCUCAACGAUUUCGAAAUCCAAGCUAUAGUUCCACGAAUUGCAAUUCAAAAAAUAAAAAGUCUGUGGACUCUUCUUUACAAUCUACAGCUUAAUAUAGAGAUGUUCUCGACGCCAGCUGCCCGUAAGAUCAAAACUAUUCGUUGCUCAUUUGAUUGUGUUCAGUCUAAAUGUCUUUUGAUCCAUCCUGAAGCAGCAAAGUGGCGUGAAGAGUGGUGUGACAAAAUGAAAGCUGAAAUAAACUUUUUCGUGAAGCCGUUUGCAGAAAAAAUAGCGAUGUUCGAAUUAAAAGUUUCAGAGCAAGAGAAACUUCUGCAAGCUGCACUGGCUAAUUUUAAAAUAAAAUUUGAGAAAGUUAAAAGCCGAAAAGAAAUUCUGGCGAAAAAUUAUAACUUGGUUGACCGUCAUCUGGAAAAACUUAACAAUAUGAACAGGCAGCUUAUUAUUGUUCAAGAAGACGAAGAAGGCCUCAAAAAACUUCAUAAUGACGCGCAGACGGCACCAGAUUUGAAUCAAUAUGACUACGCAUUACUGCUCCGGCAGUUAAAAGCCUAUAUAAGACAGCAAGAAAACAUGGAACGAGUUCUACAUGCUAAAGAAGAAAACAAUAAAAAGUACCUCGCUUGUGUCUCUGUCUUAUCCGAGUCGCAAUUUGUGACUCUGCUUGAAGCAGAAGGAACUUUACAAAGAACUGAGUUUGAAGCAGAAACGGAGAGAAUUGAAAAAGCGAUUAAAUUUAUUUCGCGUUUACUUGUCCGACAGAUGGAACUAGAAAACCAAUUAAAGCAGGACAUUGUUCAAAAUGUUGAUUUGCUUCAGCGUCACAGCCAAAUCAUUCACCAAGCAAACGGUUUAACUGAAAAUAUCAAAACUUGGAAGCGACAAUUGGAUGAUCAUUUGGCACCAGCAAAUCCUGGAUUUCUUGUUAAGUUGUAUCGUCAAUUUGAAAACAUCGCUGCGAGGACUGUCUUAAGACGCCCGAGGAAUUUAAGUCAAAAUGAGAUAAAUUGGCUUCAGAAGAAACAGUUUCUUAAAAACAAAAUGGAGAGAUCGGUUGAAUCUUACCUAGAAAUUGACGAAAAAGCUGCAGUGAAAGAAGUUUAUGCCAAGUUGAGACUUAUUGAACCGAAACCACCUUGCAAUUUGGUAAAAGUAAGUAGAUAUUAUCUUACCCCGGAGCUAGACCGAUUCGGCAAAUGUAAAGACCGAACUUAUGAGGAGUGGAACUCAUUAGAACUACCAGACGAAAACGAGGAGGUCUACAGGCUUCCCGAGCUGAUAACAGAAAAAAUCUCCAAUAUUGACGCUAAGACCAAGAAAUUGCAAGAACAAAUCUUGAUGGCAACGAAGAUAAUAAAUGAAAAAUACGGAAAUCGAAGUAAAUUGAAGACCGAGCCGAAAGCGCCAACAAGCUCGCCUUUACUUUUUCGUUCUGAAUUUCAAGUCAAUCACAGAAAAACGCUCGAACUUGUUAGUGAAACUCUGGAGCUAUUAGACUUCCCCGAUAAUUGUCAAAAGAAAGUUAACCAGUUACGCAAUGAAAAAAUAGUUCUGGAGAAAAAAUUGAAGCAAGUGUAUGAUGCCUCGAUUCACAACGAAUCUAUUGCCAAGAUAGGAGCAAUAUCUUAUAAAGCUAGUCCGUUUAAUUUGGCACUAUGUGCUGCACUUAACGAGGUUGACUAUCGUACGAAACUUUAUUCACCUGAAGUGUCAGAGAACCGUAUCAGGCAAAACACUGAACUGCAAAUGUGUCUGAUGCGUGAAAAGAAUCGCUGCAAGUUAGAAUGCAGCGAGAGUAAACUUCCAAUUUUCUGCAAACGAGCUGAACUACUUGACGCCAUGCGUGAACACAAUGUUGUGGUGGUUGUUGCCAACACAGGAAGUGGAAAAAGCACCCAAGUUCCUCAGUAUUUAGCGGACGAUCUCCACCAUGUCCUGAACGACUUGCAUCAGCGGAGGUUCCCUAGAAUUGCUUGCACCCAGCCGCGCCGCGUAGCCGCCACGACGAUUUCGAAAAGAGUUUCUCUUGAAUAUUCGGGAAGUAUUGAUUUUGCAAAAAGUAAGAAUUCAAAGAAUCAAGCGAAUAGUUUUCAAUCCAAGAACUCUGCGGUCGCUGCGUAUCCACUGUACAGUGCAUUGAGUCAAAAUGAACAGGAUCGUGCAUUAGAUAUUAAUGACCGGUUAGGCUGGAUGGCAGACCUCCCAUCUGUAUCGAAUAAGAAACAAGCGUCACCAGAAAUUGCCAAAAAUGAUUUGGAGGGAACAAUGGGAGAUGAAGGCGGCUGGGUGGGGUUCAGAAUCGGGCGCAAGGGAAUGUCAAAUUGGGACCGGGACAAAUUCGAAAAAGUUGGGAAUGAGACUCGAAUUGAGUUCGUGACCGAAGGACUUCUAUUGCACUCCAUUAAACAACAGGAAACGCCCUAUGACUGUGUGAUUGUGGACGAAGCGCAUGAGAGAGGCAGGGACACGGAUUUCCUGAUGGCACUGCUGCGGCAGAUUCUUAUGGGGAACUCUGGCUCUAAAUUGAAAGUGGUGGUGAUGUCUGCAUCCAUUAACCAGCAACAGUUUUCGGAGUACUUCUUGGGUUGUCCUGUCAUAGAAUGCGAGGGUCGGAUGCAUGCGGUUGAAUUGAUUUACAAGCCCGUGCCGACGGAAAAGAUAGAGUUUGAAUAUCAAACAGGCAGUUUCUCUGAAAACUAUGAUUCAGACAGCGAAUCAUUUGAUGAAUCAAAUGACGAAGAAAAUGAAACGCCAAGUAAAUCGAAACUAGUUUUGCAUGCUGUACAUGUCCUUUUUAACGAUAUAAUCCCGCGAGAAAAAGGCGACGUGUUGAUAUUUCUACCAGGAAAGCGAGAGAUUCACGGCGCCCUUGAACUGAUCAAGAACUUGUCGGGAAAUAGAGGUAACUUAACUUGUACGAAUUAUGUCAGAAAAGUCGUCUGUUGUACGAAUAUUGCCGAGACAUCGCUUACAAUUCCGGGCGUGAAAUACGUAAUUGAUGCAGGAUUAGCUAGAAAAGUAGCCUACGAUCACGAAUUGCGGGUCACAGCGUUAGAGCUGCAAUCGAACUCUCAAGCUUCUGCUAAGCAACGACAGGGCCGAGCAGGUAGAAUUGAACCGGGUUUCUGUUACCGAGUGUGCUCCGAAGAGGAAUUUGAAAAGCUUAAAAAGUACGACGAGCCCGAAUUGAAGCAAUGCCCGAUCGAUGAAUUGUAUCUUUACGCUUUGAAGUGGUUUGGGUCAAUUGAAAACCUUGUUUUGAUGCCUGAUGCCCAGCCUGAUGAAAGCUCCGUUCGUUUUGCAGAGGAAAGACUUCUAAAUUUGAAGUUCAUCAUUCGAAGCCCAAUGAGAGAUAUAUCGCUUCCAGAUGAGGGAAAAUUGGCUAUCAAUUUAAUGGGUCAAAUAUCAUUAGAAGGAGUACGAAUGAUUUUAGAGUCUAGGAAACUUGGUUUGCUGGUACAAGCAAUUCAAUUUGCCGUACUAGUGAAACAAGGUUCAGAUUUGCAGGUUAAAAAAGUGACACGUUAUGAAGUUGAAGGACGUAGUUUAUACUUGGAUGAACUUGGAGACGCUUUCACGUGGUUUCGGAUCUACAAAACGUAUCUCGAAAUCGAACAAAGAAAAGGACGCUCAGAGACGCACACAGAUCAACGGGAAUGGAAGGUCAUACAAAAUUUGGGUGCCAAAAAUUGGUGUCAAAACAUUGGAGUCAACUAUGAAAUCUUGAGAAGCAUUCAUAAGUCUAUCGAUUCAGUGUACAGGACUUUGAAGCAACAAAAAAUUGUUUCCCAGGAGUUUCAUGAACAAUUUGUGCCAUUGGAUCAAAUACUGGAACCCCUUCACAACUUAUUGGUUACUGGCUACUUUCAUAACAUUGCAGAGAUGCACGAAAAACCGUUCAUCGAAAGCGGCUACUCAAUGCUGACGCCAUCAAAUGUCACUCGAGAUUUCUGUGAAACUGAAAGAGGAUCUUCUGAACAGAACCAUACACAUUUGCUGAAAAUUUAUCUCUCCAACAAAUCAGCUCUUUCAAAACUGGGCGAUGUUGUUGAAAACACCUAUGUCAUAUUCACAGAACUCUUCAAGACCUCAGGGGGAAAAGUGUUCAUGCAGGCCGCUUGCAGAAUCCAGUCUGAAAAAAUCAUCGAUCACGCUUCCGACAGGUGGCUGAAACAGAACAAUAUAGUUCAGAGGAAAAUGCCUUUUUCCUUAUCAGAGUUGAAAAGCUUCGUAACUAAAUUACCCAUACAAUUUGUAGGGCCUAAAAUUUUGGGAGAAGUUCUAAAGGAAUUGAAGCACAUGAAACUUGAUGAUGACUCGAGCUACCUUCAAAGUUUGGAGAAAAGAUCGGGGGCCGUUAUCAGAUUCAUGUUUGAUUCGGGUCAAAUUGGAAUAUAUGGCUCGGAAUGCGAAGCAAAAAAUGCCAAUGAAAAAUCAGACCUAAAAAAAUUGGUUGAGGAUAAAAAACUUCAGUUCAUAAGAAACGACUACCAGGUGCCUUACCCACACUCGAAGAAGCGGAGGACUCUGGGAUUAUUCGAGUCUGGAUUGCGGCUCAAUGACACUGCUAUUUCUGUUCCCCAGGCUGAAGUUGUGACGAAUUAUAGCAAGAUCAAGCCAACAGUUAUCAUGUUUCGAAAUAUUGCCCCAGAUGAGAAACCCAAUUUAGAAGCAACUCUGGAGGAUAUCAGAGAAAACUGCCACAAUGACGAAGUUUUGGAAUUAUGGGGCGAACCACAGAUUUUUGAUAACGAUUUCUUCACCGAUCGAACAGGUUGUCCAUGCCUUAAGAUAAAAUUCACCUCUGCUAUAGUCGCUGAAUACAUAGACAGUAAUUUCAAAAGCACAGCCGAGCAAAAUGGCCUUUCAGAGGCUCAUUGCUUUCUGGACAAUAACGUCGAAAUUUUUGUCCCGGACACCUAUAUUUAUCCUUCAGUACAUGAAAUCGCCGAGGAUUUUCCUGAUGUCAAAAUCACUGCACGGAAAAGAUUGUUUGUGCUAUCGUCUCUAAAUUGGAAAGCAAAAAAUUCCGUCAUCGACUUCAAAAACACACUAAACGAACAGGAAAUUUUCCUCAGCGAAGUUGUGAAAGAAACUGACAUAGGACUUCCAAAAAGUGCCUGGAAGCAUACGUUCAAACGCCUUCAGGAAAUUAAGGAGAAAGUUGAGAGUGAAAGCGAGUGCGAAAAUUAUCUGAUACAACUCCAUGGGAGCAUCAAACCAUUCUUUGAAGUUUUUGGUGACGAUAAGUACGAAAUAAGCUGUGAUAUUCAAACCGAACUUGAUUUAGUUCGGGGAAAAGUGAAGAACCACGAAGACAAUUUAUUGUUUUUUCUUAGCUACAAGCUUCAACGUGGGGAACUGAAGCGGCUUCGUACGAAGUUGAGUGAAUUGAGAGGUCAAUUUUUAUCUGAUUGCGUCGCUUUCACAGUUACCUUAGGCUCCCGAAACGACGACAAAAUCCUUCCCACGGUUCGCGUUUUAGCACCAUCUAGAGAACUCGGAUUAAAAGCGUUCUACGAAUUAAAAAGAAAUAUUGAAACCACGCAAGCAACGAGCACAAUGGAAGCGAAAAAUGGAGAUACGAAAUGCUGCAAAUGCCUUCAAAAAAUUCACCUUGACAAACCUUUAAAACAUAUCAAAAAGAAAAAAGGUGCAGAUGUUGUCGACUUGAAUCCAGAAGUUCACGAUAUGGGUUUUAGUCUUACAAUUUGCGGAUGUAUUUACUGUUCAUCUUGCCUGUACAACUUGGCAUGUGAUCAGAUUGAAGCCGGAAUAUUCCACAAAAGUGGAAUCAAGUGUGACGCAAUAUCCGACCAAACCAGGAAGAUGUGCGACCAGAUUAUAAUAAACCAGGAUCUGAAAGACCGUUUGUCUUUCAAUUUAUGGAGUGAUCUAUUGGAUGCUGCUUGGCUAUCCUACUUGACCUUCUGGGCGUCUUCAAAACCGGUGGUGAUCGAUUCGUGUCCCGCUUGCAUGGAGUUCUUCACGUAUCCGAGAGGCAUUGUUGGAGUCAUAAGAUGUCCUAACUCGUACUGCAAGGACUACCAUUGUUCCAGAUGUGGUUCAACAGUUUAUGACGAAGACACAUUCUAUUAUCAUACCAACGAAAAUUGCAGCUGUGCAGAUUAGCCAUCUCAAUUUAUGAGUCACCAUAAGAACCUCCUCACAUCACGUCCAUGACUUAACAAGUUGGUUUGCAACAAACUUAUUUCCAAAAUAAAAUUUUAUUAGCUAACUUGUUCUCCGUUGAUUUCAUAUGUAUAUAUUUGGAUUAAAAAUGUCUAAUUAAAAUUUAUUUUUUCACUGUA